UGUGUCCAUUCUCCACGCUGGACAGAGUGACCCUCGUCCAGCACAAGUACACCAAACAUUCCACGCCCUUGCCACCAGGAUACACCAUAUACCGAUGUCCUGAAGCUGACUGCAUGUUUGAGACCUUCAGGAAACAAGUCUUCACUGGCCAUGUCAAUACUCACAAAGGCAUUCAGAUGUACACCUGUGACGUCUGUCAGAAGAAGUUCAGCACUGCUGGGAAUCUACGCAGUCACAGGAUUGUACAUAAAGAGAAGUCCUUGCAGUGUCCCUACUCUGGAUGUGAUUUCUCAACCAGACUGAAGAACAGGUUGGCUCAGCACGUCAAACUGAUGCAUACACAUAGGGACUCGAAGCCUCACGUGUGUCCACACUGCCCAUACAAGACAGCAAUCAAGGGAAAUCUCCUUAAACAUCAGAGGAACGUCCACAGGCCAAGACACAACUCUUCACUGGCACAUACAAAGGGGAACAACUCUGACAAGGGAGACAACCCUGUAGCAGAACAGUCUUUAUCUUCUACCACCGUGUUAAAAUCCCUGCUGUAUUCUACAGGGCCGAUUCAGCUGCUGGAUGUAACAAGCCAUGCUCUCUCGGACGGUGAAAUCAUCGUGAAUCAGAUAUCCCCACAAACACCAGCUCAUGGGGCUGCUUCGGUGGUUCUGGAUGUACAACAACCUUGACAUUGGUCAGAAUAUCAGCGUGUCGGCUAAAUAUGAGAUACAUCCAAGAGCAAUGCCAGUGUUUUCCUCUAGUUGACCCCCCUCAUACAUGCACACGGGUAUCGGACAGAUCA